AUGGAAUUCGAAAAUUCAAACGCCUCCUCCGUGUCGGAUUCACCAACUGGGUUCCAUGACAACAGCAGCAGCAAUAGCAGUGGUAGUGACAGAGGUGCGAGGCCAACAAACAAUCAAGAUAGCCCUCCCGCAGCAUUCGCAGACAAACCCGCGGACACUUUGGGGGGGAUUCCGCUUUAUGGCGAAGCUGAGGGUUGGGGGCAACCGAGCAGCGUCAGUUACUUAGCAAGUCAAGGGGUAGCAGCUGGUUCAGCCAAUGCUCAAGCGAGCGGCGAGUUUGUGAGCCUCCCUUCCCACAGUAACUCCAGCAGCAAAGUCAUUCUUUUGCAGCAGGGGCAGGGCAGCGGGCCCACUGUGGGUUCCUCUGCUGCGUCAGAAGAUGCGACAGACGAGUUGGAGCCUUCAUUUACCGUCCUAAAUGCUCUGAAAAGGGAGGUAUUUGCAACGUCGGCACUCUUACGCUCCUUGCGCGUGCAUGCGGUAUCCCAGACGCGUGGACUCUCAGCAGCGUCGCAGCAGCAUCUUGCAGCAGCUGUUGCCCCUUUAGUCAAGUCUUUUGAGCUGCUGAAUGAAAGGCUAGCUGCGGCAGAGGCAGCGAAAGAGCCACCCCCAGUGGAAUUGCAGGAGCAGCAUAUUCACCCCUUUCUUUUCGUGCUCGCACAGUUGCAACUGCAGCACAAGCAACAGCAAGGCCUCAACAAGCAGCAGCUGCUGCUGCACCAAAGCUGCAUGAGGGCUUUAGCCUCCGCAGUCCUGCGAUUGCAGGCAACGCAGCGGUUGCAUUCGGCUCCAACGCAGUCUUCUGCAGCCAAUGCAACUGCGGCUGCUGCUGCGGUUUUGGGGUCCGAGGCAUACGGCGGCACUUAUUUUGCUCCUUCUUCACCUGCUGCUGAAGAGGAGCUACUGUUGCUCCAAUGCCUAGAUCUCCUCAGCAGUUCGAUCCUUGGCCCUGCGGGACAUGUCUUCUCCGACGCUUGCGUCUUUAGCACAAUCCAAUGUUGCGUGGCCGUCAGCCUGUUGCACCGCGCCAGCCCUUUGUUGAGAAACGCAGCAGCCUCCCGCGCUGUCGCCAUUACCCGUAGUCUCUUUGCUUCCGAGAGCCUUAUUUCGCUCUCGCGUCGGCAGGGACAGCUGCAAGGGGGAAACGGGGCGGAACCACAGCGAGGGAACACAGAUAUUGAGCACGAAGUGAGACUGGAGGAGCACCCGCAGCAGAAACGGCUAGAGCAGCAUGCAUCUCCUCCGCCGCACUUCAUUGCUCGCCUGGAGUCGGCAAUGUCUAUCAGGUCCACAGACACAGCAUAUUCUCCUACAUGGCAUUCAGCUAUGAAGGGCUAUGGGUUAGAAUGCCGCUUACGAAUCCUAGGCCUGGUUGCCAGGCUGUUGUCACAUGAAGAGCCUCGAGGAACCCCCAGCAACUUAGGAAGUAGCAGCAGCAACAACAGCAACAAUAGCAACAGUACCUACUCCAGUGGCGUUGGUUCUGGAGGGAGCAAGACUGAUUCUGCUCUUCCCCCAUUCGUUUCAGUAGCCGACCUAGGUUCCUUGCGUGCAUCUCCAGAGGGGUCUGGUGACACAAGGGGGGAGGAAUCAGCGAGGCAAAGUCGACCUGAGGAGACGCUGCAUGCCUCCGUCGCAUCAGCACCAGCAACAGGAGAGGUCUCUGUUGCUGGUGGUGGCACUCAUCACACGUGUGCCUCGUCCUCGGUGGACAAGGAUUCUCGGCCCGGCGCAUUCAGUGGUAUUGACCGGGAGUUUGAGAGCCUUCUUGGGCACCAUGGAAAAGACAAGUCGUCAAAUAUGGAGACUAGGCUGCUCUGCCUGCGCCUGCUCUGCGUUGUUAUUGAGGCUGGAAGGGACAGUUUUUCGCUUUUCCCGAAAUUGUUGCAACCGCUUCAGACCCAAAUCCUGCCUCUUGUUCUUCAGCAGGACACUCGCUCGGCGCCUCUGAUGCUGCUUUCUCUGACACUGAGGGUAGUGGGCGACUUCAUUGUCUUCUUGCGCCCAUACAUCAAGGAUGAGAUAGAGAGAUGCCUCUAUCAGUUCCUCAGGCUAGCAACCACAAACAUUGGGGGGCCGCCUAAGACCUUAGCAGCUGAAGCGCAAGAGGUGGCGCUGGACAUGCUACGCGAGCUGUGCAGCGACGCAUCGUUUGGCUUUGAGCUAGUGCUGAACUACGACAGCGACAUUCGUCGAUCGAAUGUCUUUGGGGUAUUGGUCACGCUGCUGCUGCAGCUAGCAGCUCCUCGCGUCCCUUCUCUGAGAGGAGCGUAUCGCUUUGCAGAAUAUGACAACGAAGGUGGCGGUGGGCUCAUGGGGGCUUCGGGAACACCUUUGUCGCAUGCAACUUUGGGGCAGGUGGCCACUGGUCCCGAGUCAUCUGCAUCUAAAACUCCGACGCACCAGCUGUCACCUUCAGGGUCAUCGCCUUCGUCUGUUAGCGCCAUGGCGGUUGCAGAAAGCAACAAGUCUCACCAUCAUGGCGCCUUUCACUUGAGAAGGGCCCCUACGAGGUCGCCCUUGAAGGCGUCUCGAUCCGCAGCAGACACCAACGUAGCGGCAUCGACGGAAAACUUGGCCACAGAUGCAGCUGGGGUCACGCGCCCCGCAGGCCUGUCGAAUGUUAACCGCUUGGCCCUGGCAGGUGUCCUGCGCCUCAUUUCGUCUUUAGCCUCCCUAUGCGACAAUGUGAAACACAGAAGCGUGCCCGAGCAGCAGCAGGAGGAGGCGAAGGAGUUUCAUAUUGACACGGCCCAACUCAACAGCGAAUCUGCAGCCGCCUACUUCUUGCGUGUGCAGGAGAUGUUACCCCUUUCCCAGAGAAGGAAGCACAAGGCUCUACUGUCAUAUGGUGCCGCAGUUUUCAAUUCUAACACAAAGGAAGCGAUUUCUCAGCUGGAGGGCCUCGGGCUUCUGCCGACGCCCGCAACUCCAAGGAGCACCGCCCUUUUCUUGAAAGAGACAGGAGGGCUUGAUCUACGCGCUGUUGGUCUCUAUCUUAGCUCUAAUAAGCCAUGGAAUGCCCAAGUCCUGCGAGAAUUCGUUGCACUGUUCACGUUUACUGGUGUUGGUCUUGUCGCUGCGUUGAGAGACUUUCUAAGGACGUUCCGGCUGCCAGGGGAGUCGCAACAGAUCGAGCGUGUGAUGGAGGCCUUUGCUGACGAAUUCUUUCGCCAACAGCCAUUGGUUAAUUGCCCAUACAACAAGGAAAAGCUUGCAUCCACAGUUGCAGACGGUGCAACAACAGCGGCAGCAACAGCAACCACAACAGCAACGGAGUCGCCCGCGCCAGCCGAACCCAAUCCAACAACGCGGCCAGCAUCGUCCCCGGAGCCCUUGGAGCUGUCUUUGUGGCGCUGGGUGGCAGAUGAGGGGUUCUACUGUCUGCUGCGUGCUGCGUCCCGGAGAGGAGGUGCUGCAGAAAAGGGCCAGCAGCGAAGCAGUGAAGACCUUGCCCACCAGCUCUCAGAGUUCACCCCUACGCAGCCUCCUCCGGGGUACGUGCUCAUGGUUCACAAAGAUACGGUGUUUGUCCUAUCUUAUUCCAUCAUCAUGCUGAACACAGACCAGCACAACUCCCAAGUCCGCAGUAAGAUGCGAGUGGAGGACUUCGUGAAGAACAAUCGAGGCAUCAACAACGGGUCCGACUUGCCCGCGUUCUUCCUCCAGAACAUAUAUGUCUCGAUCAGGCACCAGGAGAUCAAGCUGAAAGAGGCCCCAUUAACGACCAGUUCGCCGCCACCGGCUGCUCAGGGGCAAAAGGCGGAGGCUGUAGCAAAGGAACAACAGCAGCAACCAAUACCCGAUAUUUUUGACAUUCUUGCGGACGGGUGGACUCCUCCAGAAGGUGCUGGAAUGGGUUGGGGGGCCUUUGCCUCUCCCUACAACGGCCCCAAGGGCGCUGGGGCAUCUGAGAGCCUAUGGGACUACCGCAUUGUGUUGAAAACCCGUUCCUCUCGAGCGAUGGAGAGCAGCAGUACAACGGAUUCUACUUCAUGUGCGCCCGGUGCAGACACCCGUGAUGUGGAGGGACUGGAGAUGGAGAUGUUUCGUAUCCUGUGGAACGGGGGCUCUCUUGCCGUGCUCAGGGGGGCCUUCGAAGCAUCGCUUGACCUGCGACAAUUGGAAGAAAUACUAUGCGGUGUUCUGUCUUUGGCUAGAGCCGCCACAGUCCUCGGUCAGGUUGUUGCCUUGAACACAAUUGUAGCGGAGUUGUGCAGCUACUUCGUCUAUUCUGUCCCCGCGCAUUCUCAGCUGGUCCUGGCACCCAUUAUGUACCUUAUUCGCCGAUCUGGAGCUUCCCUUAGAGAGGAAGGUUGGGGGGCAAUUUUGGAGCUGUUGCUUCGGCUGCAUGCGCUGGACUUGCUACCGCCAGCCCUCAUGGGUCUCGACGACUUCGAAGGAUCAGGAGGCGCAGCUCUUCCUUCUCUUUGUACCAUGACGCCUCCUCCCUUUGUGCCCCCGGCCUCUCGGAGAGACAGAGCAGCAGGGAAGAAAGGAGGGGGAUGGCUCGGGGACUUAACUUCCAUUUUAUUCGCCCUGGGAGACUCUGACGAGGAAAGCGAUGGAGACGACGGCAGUGGCACUCAAGGGCACAUGGUUGCGUUGUCAGAGGAGCUGAACUUCGCUUGUGACGGUUUAUAUGUGUUGAGAGCUUCUACGGACUUUGCGUUGCUUCCAUCGACUGUCGCAGUGGCAGCUGCCUGUUCUGAAGUGGAGGCAGAACGGGACAUUGCGGAGGCUCCCCAUCUGCAGCGUGCUCCCCUUACCCAGAGGGAAUUGUCGGUGCCCAUUGGCGCCGUUGGGCCCGAACACCAGUUGCCACGGGGACCCAACGAAGUGCUGCAGCGAGAGCAGCAGGCGCACCAGCAAGAAGUUCCAGGGGCAGGGGCCGGUCCUCCCUCUGUUUCCCCAGAGGAUGAGGAGGCUGCGGCCGCCAGAGCCCCUUACCUGCGUCUUAAGACGGUGUUGUCUCACGGCAUCCGCAUCGACAUGGCAGUGGCCGAGAUUUUCCGUCAGGUUGAACCUGUUUCCUCGCUGUCAACAGCAGUUGUCCUCCUCGUGCACAUUGUGUUGGGUUUUCCUUCCGUCCGCCAGAAUCCGGGCGCCUCUCCAGACUGCCCGUUGCAGGCGCAGCAACCUCAACAGCAACAGCAGUCCUCCUCCGACGGUGCACCGCCGCAGAAUCGUGGCUAUGGUGAAGCAGCGAUACGUGGAGGUGGAAGCAGCAACGCUGCGCCAUCCAGUAUGGCCUCUGGGCAACCAGUCUCUGGGGCACACCAUCAAGGGCCCCCCCCACUACAGCCACCCGAGGACCUGGCCUUGCCGUCGCUUCCUGGAGCUGAGCUUUUCAUGCUGUCUAGCUACCUGAUUGAUGGGCAGAGACGAUAUCUCGAUGAUGACAGUUCCAGACACAACAGUAGCGUUAGCAGCAGCAUAAGCAGCUCUGCUGUCUCUACUCCGGUGGGAGGAAAUGCAUCAUCUGUGCAGUGUCCUGGAUUUUCUUCCUACACUUUGCCCCCGCCUGUAUGGUCUCCGUUACGAGCCGGCACAUCCCCUCAGUUGAUGACUUACAGGGCGUUUACAGAUCGGCUUUUUUGUUUGGAGUUGCUGGGAGCGUUGAUGUUGAGCGAGCUAACACCUGGGAGCCCCUCCAUGCGCCCGUCGAAGUUUUAUGGGCUGGCUCUUUUGCAGAACUUCCCUUGGCUGCUCUGUGCUGUGUACCUCGACACGUUCUUGAGGCGGUACUCUAUAGGAACUGCUGCCGGGGGCGUUCCUAACCCGCUCGAGGUUCUAGGGUUGGCAGGGCGAACGCAGAUGACCCAGCAGCAGCAGGAGGCAACAGCAGGGACAGACGCCAGCAUGGCUUCCUGGGCCACAGCUGUUCUGAAUGCAUGCAGCAAAGACCCGCUUGCUCAGGCUACCGUGAGGAACGUUUGCAAUGUUUUUCAAUCAAUAGGUUCUCGCCGGCUCGUGGAUACGCCCACAACUCUGCCGCACUGGGAGCUACUCUUCAUCGAGCGACUGGUUGUAACUGUGCUGAGGAUAUGUCUGCGGAUACUCUCCGAUGAAGAUUCUCUGCUACUUCCUGUGUACACAAGGACAGGGAUAACGCAACUGGGGGCACCAAAUACUUCUGGUUGCACUCCCGCGUGCCAGGUGGCAAUACAUUUGCUUCAACUUCUAACCCUCCUCCACCCCAAUAUCUUCUGCAUGCACGUCCAGCGCAUUUGCCAAUCUGCGACUAUCCUCGUCUCCAGGCUCAAUCUGAGAGCUUGCAGCAGCCCACUCCUAAUCCAAGUCCUCCUGGCUCUGUAUCAGCGCCUUGUCCCUCUGCCUGCCUUCCUGCCGACUGCCCCAUUGCCGCAGCACUUGACACAACCACAGCCGCAGCAGCAUCUUGCCAUGCGAAUCAUCAGUUCCCUGUCCGACUGGAUAAGGGACCCCGAGGCGUUAGCUUUACUUGUCCUUCAGCACCGCAACCACUACCAGAUGUUGCUACAAACCCUAAUGGCCAUUUGCAUCUACGUCCCGCCGUUUCCUUCUGUACAGAUGCCCUGCUCUGCCGCAGUUGAGCGGAAAACUGAGGGAGAUGUUCAGGACCAGCAGCCGCAGCCAAGUGUGAACGGUGCCUCGUCCUAUGAAGCCAACUGUACCUCUCUAGCCUUGCUGGGGUCCCUAAUCCCUCUAAUUGGAGAUGCGUUGAAAUCCAAGGGAGCGGCGGUUGCAGCGUGCCUCGCUGCUGCAGCAACUUGUGCUGGUACAACCAACGGCGACGGCUCUGCGAAGUGGAAGGCUCGACUCGAUUGUCAGGCAAUGUGGCUUCAGGCCAUGCAAGUAUUAGCUAUUGUCUGCAGUUUCUCUGCACGCCCCGUGAAGGUCAAAGCUCUGGCGGUGGGUCCGACGUUGCGGUUGAGUGACAUUGUCCUGCAGCAGAUGCUAAUUCGCUGCAACACGAAGCAGUCAAACGCUGCAGAAAGUAGCAGUGUUAUCGUCAGCGCCCGGACUGGAAAUACUGAAGGGGUUCUGAAGGGGCCAGACAGCACAUCCACGCCUGCUGCUGCAUCGGAGGCGCCAGGUGCAGCUGUUGCAGCCGACUACUGGGCUACGGCUCCAGAAGAUGCACAUACGUGGAGACUUUGCUUGCAGUUGGUGGUUUUCCCUCUCCUCAGCCUUCGUUUUGACUAUCCCUACACGCCGCCGCCACCAGGUGACGCACCCCCACCUCCUCCUCAGCUUCACCAGCAGCACGCGAAUGGCCAGAGUACGGGGGAUUCCAUGUAUAUCAUUACAUCAGGACAAGACCAAGAAAAGCAACACCGCGACACCAAUUUUGGGAUGCCAUGGAUGGCUCAACCGACCAGACGACGACUGACCCCGGAAGUUGCCAUCAGCACGCUCGGCCUGGACGAAGUGUAUCAGAGAAAGGCAGCAGCAGCUAGUUUGGCUUGUCGUUUUUUCCUCACCAAGAUGGAACUUCUUCUACAGCCGUUCAAAGUGAGGGGCAUUUAUGUGGACUUCGUGGCUGUCGCGCAACCAUUUCCAUCAGCAGACGCGUCAAAAAACAAAGGACUUCCAGGAGACCAUCCAGGAGGCAUAGAGGGUCUUCUACCCCCUUUGACCCAGUUGGUGCAACUGCUCGUUACCGAAGCCAAGCAAGCCCCUGUUAUAUAUCGCGAUGCGUUUCUGGAGAGCAUGAAGAACACACUGCUGGUCGUCCUCACUUGCCCCUUCGUCGCAGCAAGCGCCAUACCGGCAGAUUUGAAGACGCGCAUAUCUCCAGCUUCUCUACUUCCAGUUGUCUUUUCCCCGAAGCAGCAGCACCAGCAGCAACAGCAGCAAGAGCAGUUGACUGCACCGAAGGGGGAAACCCAAGAAUCUACAAGCGUUGACCAGGCCAUGCAGCUUGCAACGAAGCAAGAAGCCUUGCUAGGGACGCUGUCGUGUUUAACGGAUAGCCAGCGACUAGUGGUCUCUGCAGUUUCACCUUUCGUCGUUUCCUCAUUCCCAAGUGUGAUACAGGAAUUACUUCUAAUACUUCCUACCCCGCAACCACCGCCGCCUCCUCCAAGUCAGGAACCUGCUACCUGCAAGGACCUGGGGCCAAGCACUGCAGCAGAAGGGGACAACGAAGUUCUUCCAGGAGGUUGCGUCGCUUGCCACGACAGUGGCAACGCGAAAGAUGCAGCAGUUGCAGCGGAAAACCUCGGGGAAGUCAGUAGUUGUGGCAGUGUAGUUGUAUUGCCCCCCGGCGAUGGUAAUGCUUGUGCAUCGUAG